AUUUUGUGUGCCUGUGUGAGUGUGUAUUUGAUGAUGAAAUCUUGCCUGAAGACUGCAUUUAUUGGAAUGAUUUGUUCUGUGUUUUUGUUUUCAUGAUUUAUUAUCUACUCAUCGCUUGCUUUUUUUCAUUUAAAAUAAAGAAAAUGGAGCAUUUACGAUAAUGCAGAAAGCCACAGCGGUCGACGAUUCAAUGUUGAGUGUCUUCAUGCGAUGAACCCACAAGGUUAUCCUAUAGGAUCUAUAGACACAAACUUGGAUUAAACAUUGGAUCGAUUAUCAUGUUCAGUCGCAAUAUUGAACCACAAAGUGGUUUGCUCAAUGGCACGAGUCUAUUCGAUAUAUGGAUGGCCAAAAUUUUCAUGACAACAAAAUUAGCUAAUCCAAAAGCCUAUUCACAGGCCAGUCGAUUUCGUAACCCGUCAAAUGAUAUUGAAUGGUCACAAUUAAAAUUGGUAGAUUUUAGUACCAUAUUUUCUAUUUGGAUUUCCUGCAUAACAUUUUCGAUCAUAAUUCUUGUCGUAGAGAUCAUCAACAGAGGCAUAAAAAACAAGUGACAUAGAAUCCACAAUAGUUGAUAAAGAGAAUGAAUGUAAAAUCAUUGGUGUGAUGUGAAAUGAAGGAAUUUUUACGGAAACUAUUCUAUAAUUUGUAGUCGGAAUUUUUUCGAGGAAUUGUUUUUAAUGUUCGAAUAAAAUCUUAUCGGAUUAAAUCUUCGUACAUUAUCUAAAACGAUUCGAUUAAUGGCCAAAUAUUCGGAAGAGAUAAAAAUCCUGGUCAUAAAUGAUUGUCUUAUAUUACAAUCGGUAAAUUUCGACAGCACGUUAUUCUGUCAGGUUACUUUUGAAAAAAAUUUUUUCACAUCAUUCCAAAAUGAUGAUGAUUUUGAAUGUAAAGUUGAUAUCCGUUCCAUUGGAUUUGUAUUCAGAGUUGUCUCUUUAGAUAAAAUGACAAAUGUUUGUAAAAUCAAAAUGGAUAAUUCAAUGGAUCAUAUCAUUUUCCACAUGGAAUGUCCUAAUCGUAUUAGACGCAACUAUCGGAUACCGAUCAUGAAGAAUAAUGAUCAUCAACGUUGCCCGGUUCCUUUAUCACAACAGCUAUCAAAUCCAACAUUACGAUGUAGUGCCUAUACUAUGAAUGAAUCGAUUAAACCUUUUCCAUUAUCUACUGAUGAGAUCAUCAUAUGGACAUUUCGUGAUUAUUUAGGUUUUAAAACAUAUUUUGAAACCAAUUAUGACGGGCCUAUGACCGAAUUUUGUGUUUCAUCAACUUAUUUUCGUAUGAUGGAUUCAGUCUAUAAUUAUACGAAUGAUAUGUCCAUUGCAUUAAAUUUAAAAGAACUUCGGUCGUUUUUAGAUUUUGCAAUGCAUCGUAAUCAAGUCAUUUCGGCCUAUUUACAAUCCGAUGGAAAACCGAUUGAAUUUAUGUUUAAAAAUUCUGAUGGUUGCUCCGCUUCAAUCAUGAUGGGCACCAUUGAUUUGAAAAACGACAGUCAACCAGCUAUUCCACCCGCUUUUCGAAUAACUCAUCAAAUAACAGAUGAUUCAUCAUCCGGUAGUGUUCUGCAAAAUGUGAGCUUAGAUUCACGUGCAAUUUCUCAUGAAAUUCCAAUGAAUCAUUCAUCAAUGGGAAAAGAAUCAAUUCACCAUGAUGUUUCAACUUUUAUCGGUAAUGUUACCAAUUCAUCACUCCCUAAUCAAUCGAUUGGUCAGCAACAAUUAUCGUUAUUGGAUCAACGUGAACAAUCAAUGGAUACCGCCAGUGAUCAUCCUAUAAGAGAUGAAUUUAUCCCGCAAAAUAUUGAUCAAAAUGAUGAUGAUAAUAACAUUGAUAUUUCUAAAGAAAUUUAUCAAGAGAUAGAAAAUUCUGAUAAUGAAUUAACGUCAUCACAAUCACAUUUUGUUUUUGGUGAUCAAAGUUUUGAACCAUAUGCUACUUUAGCACCAUAUUCCGAAUAUGAAGUAACUGAAUGAUGACAAUUAUAAUUAAACUAUUGUAAUUUUGAAA